AUGCACGAACGUUCGAAACGCGUCAAGACUGGGUGCUUAACGUGUCGAACCAGACGGAGGAAAUGUGAUGAGCAAAAGCCCAAAUGCGCCAAUUGUAUAGGCAAGAGUCUAAGCUGUAGAUAUGGGCCUAAUUUGACAUUUGUUCCAUCAAAGCUCCAAGAACUCAUCGCACCAGGUUCCACUAGACCCUCAUCACCAGCAUCACCAGUCGUGCCGACACUCCAGACAGCCAUCUCCCCGUCCGGCAAUCAGCACACACCGACCCAGGACGACAUCGGGUUUGACAUUGAUACUCCUGGAGAACUUGGCAACUUCUCAGCCGGUCUAGAGUUUCAACUUGGCUCCACGAUCUCUGCACAUGUGGACAGCGUUCAGUCGAGUAACAACCUACUGGUCGAAGAUCCCCAACCUCGUUACCAGCCAGCUGAGCAUCUGGUACCCCAAAUCGAUGCCAAUCCACACCGAAAGAAGUAUGAAUUGGAGCUGUUCACGUACUACCGAUAUCACGUGGCUCCCGUUCUGGAUUUGGGGCUGGGAAGCCUGGCCUACGGCGUUGGGGCGGUCCUUGACUCUAUCGCGUCUGAGACAAUCUAUCAUGCUAUCCUCGCGGUGGCGAGUCUUCACCGAGCUGUCUUGCGGUCUCCAGCCCAACAUGUAGACGAGGCCACUGGGAUCAUCUCGUCACACCUCGCUCAGCAGUCGAUCGAAGCAUCAACAACCAGACACUGUCUGAGUUCCAAAGCCUUGCUGCUCUGGAGGACGCUCUUGUCAACGCCGGUUCGUUCAUGGUCAUGCGUCGGCCCCAGCGUCCUAGAACAUCUCAAUUGCGGUGUAGAGUUCCUUGAAGAUUGGCAGCUGUUGACACGACUUCAUCUCGCCACGGUCUUGGCCGACCUUGCCACCGCUCAGCCAGUCAACCUCACUCCGGCACCUCUGAAUACCAUUGAUGGCAAAGAAUCCGAGCAUCUGAAGCAAUUGAGUGUUGCCCUUUGGAAUCUGGAGCAAAGUGUCGCCCUCCAGAACCCCCCAUCACCAAACUCGAUCAAUGAACGCUUUCCCCUCGCACAGCGGUGGCUCGACCGAUGGCGAAAGCUCCAGAAUUGGUAUCACGCGAGAUCUGAUGAUAUGCAGCCCAUCGUCGAGGUCCGAGAAGAGGAGAUGUCUCAAUUCCAGCUCAAGGAGACUCUGAUUUUCCCAUGUAUCGUUUUCAGCAAUGCUUGUGCCGUCGUUGCCAACGUCGUACAUCACGUCAACGCCGUGAUCCUGCUCCGGAAUAAACCGCGCUUGACCAAAAUCACGGGUCAGCCCAAAUCUUCGACAUCACUCCUGUGGCACGCCAAUCGUACAGUGGGAAUUAUCUCGUCCGCUGCGGAUGCCAAAACUUGGGACCCUGUGUUGAUUGCCGCCUUGGUGUGCAUCACUCGCCAAUUCAGUCAUCCAGAGCAAAUUCGGGCGAUACAGGACACGAUGGCUAGGAUUCAGACCAUCUCUGGUGUCCACGUGCAAAUGAAAUUCCAAGAUACAAACGACAAUGAUAACGAUGGAUGA